UUUAGAGGAUCCAAACGAAAAUAUAUUUAAAAUUCAAUUCUUAGAGGCUGACGCAAUAGUCAGCAAUUUACCAAUAUAUUCUCAAAAACAUCCAGAUCACAUGUAUACGAGCAAACUCAUCAACGCGCGUGAGAUCACAGAAAGAUUAUCAGUGAUGGCUGGUAGCAAAUCGAUUGAUAGCUUGAAAUUCCUUCAUGAUGUGUGA